AUGUCAUCAUUAUCUAUAAAUCAAAAGUUCAAACUUGAAAAUGACUUAAAGCGAAUUCUCCCGUUACACCUUUCAAAAGAUCAAAUUUCUGAGGAUGAAGCAACGUCAAAUUCCGACGGAGAUAUGGAACAAAAUGAUGAAGCUGACGACGACAUUUUCGAAGACGCUUCGUCAUAUGAUGGUAAUAUUUCUUAUCAUGAUGAAAAUAGUUAUAAUAUCACAUAUCCACAACAUGUUGGUUUAAAUAACGACCUACCACUCCAAACCUUUCACACUCUUGAUUAUGAUAACACCGAUAUCAAUUGCUACCAGGAAUUCGAGGGCGAUAUUCAAAGCACACAGCAACAAGACGACUUUUUAUAUCGAAAAAAUAAUUUCAAUAACGCUUCGAUUUAA